GAACCAAAUCAAGUUCGUGAAAAGAUUACCUAGAUGUCAGGCUUUGCUUGCCGACUUGCUCAACCUCUUGCAUCACUUUCCAUCGCCUCUUGAAGGUGUGUGGUUGAUAUUUGUGCUGUGCCGGAGUGAUGGAGCGUACGUGGUCUUCGUUGUCGUGCCCGGGCUCGAUUCUCAAACGCUACGCAAGAAUAGCCAGCAACGGUGGUAUAGAGCCCCCCUACCUCUUCUUAGUUCUUCUCUUCCAAACAACUCGAUUCGAACUAAUGACUGUGCACCACCUUCUGCUUCUAACUCCAAUGUGGAUUGUCGCUGCUGUGCGCUUUCUUUUUCAAGGCCCUGCUCAUAGUCGGACAUACGAACGAGGUUGGGCGUUGACUACGGAACUGCUUGUUGUCUUGUUGAUAGCGUCGCUAGGGGAGCGGUGGUUGGAGGUAACGCACAAAGGUGUGCUGUUUUGUUGUAUCGCAGUAGCGAGUGUACGGGAUGUUUGUUGUCGUGCCCGGGUUCGUUGCUCGAGUACGACUAGUUGUUUUGACGUGGGCGAUAGUCUUCAUUUGGUUCUUACGUUCGAGAGGGGGACUGUGCCGUACUUUGGGUGAACGUGGACGGAGUUUGCAGAUGUGUGCAGGCGAAGUUCGGAGGUGUGUACGGACGUAACAGAUCACUGGCACAUUGGUAAAGGUUAACUUGGUAGAUUUGUGUGUUGAGAAGGAAGUGGGUGCCAAUGCAGAUGGUGAUGAGCUUUCGUUGUUUGUCAGACGACUGGAAGGACGUUCCAUUGCGCUCCUUGCUAGUCGCUCGGCUUUUGUGAUGACUUGCGAGAAAGUCC